UCCUGGUCAGGAACAGCGAGAGUCUGUCGCACGGACUACUCUCUCUCUAUCAGAGAUCGCUCCAGUGGGUUCAUUCACCUGAGAAUAGUCUACGAGAGGAGUGGCUACGUGUUGGGCCAGUUCAGCAGCCACUUUCAGACUGUGCCCGAGUGCAUCUUCUUCUACACACAGCAGAGGCUCAACAUUAGGGGAACUGACCACAAAAAACUGCGAUACCCAGUGCCCAGGGAUCACUAUAAACCAUGACGUGCGGUGGCUCCUGGAGCUACACAACGUCAUAGUGUGCAUUAUUUGAGAAUUGUUCUGUACCUUAUCUACUACAGUAUAUACUGUACAUGAAUCACCCUCCG